GAGCGAGAAUGUUGAUUGAUAUCGCACAGCUGCUGGCGUGAAAGCGGAAACGGAACUUGAUUAGCCACCGCACGAAGGUUGCAGCUGGAAAGCGCAUGGACAAACUUUGACCGAAAGUCAGGAAGGAGAAGAGAAAUGGAUGCUUGCUGUUUGUGCAGCAAGCAAAGUGAAGGCGGCCUUCUUCAGCGACAUUAAUCUUUGUCAGGAUGCGGGUUGCCGUUAAUCUGAACAUGUUUCAUCCGGAGCUUCCGCUCCUCCAAAGGUACAAAGCAGCAGCCGCUGCUGGUUUUCGCCAAGUAGAAGUGGCCUUACCAUAUUCUGAGAAGGCUGAAGAUCUGAAGAAAACUGCCGAUUCACUUGGUCUUUCGCAUACUCUUAUCAAUGCGCCAGCAGGUGAGUGGUCCAAAGGAUUCCGAGGUUUGGCUUCAUUGCCUGCUCAUAAGAAAGAGUUUCAAGACAGUAUAAGCACAGCUAUACAAUAUGCGAAGACGCUGAGCUGUGACAAAGUACACGUCAUGGCUGGAAUUCCUGCCCAGAAUGAUGGAGACGUGUCGAAGCUUUAUCAAGAAAACGUAGCUUUUGCUGCAAACAAACUCGGUGAGGCAAAUUUGAUGUGUCUAAUUGAGCCUAUAAACCACUACUCUAUUCCGGGUUAUUUUCUGUCUACCUAUGAGCAAGCCAAAGCUGUGAUUGAUGCGGUAGCAAUGCCAAAUUUGAAGAUGCAGUAUGACGUAUUUCAUGCGCAGCAAAUAUGUGGUCAAAUCACCGCAACAAUUAAAAAAUAUAAGGACCUUAUAGGCUACAUACAAGUGGCACAAGUACCUUCUCGCGAUGAACCCAUUACAGCUGGACUCGAACAUAAUUUCAAUGAAUCUCAUGGCAAACCUAGCGAAUGGAUUCAAAAUUUAGAUACCAUCACUUAUCCUGCAGACUCAUCAGGUCACUUACAAAACUUCAUGUUCAUGCAGUACCAGACAUUUUACUUGCAGAUAAACCCCUUGGAAAAGGAGUGCAACUGUAGCUGUGCGAAAAUGCGCAAUGCAGCUAGAACGAACUGGGCUCACGACGUGGUCAGAAUGUCCGCAGUAGCGCCUAUCCGGAAACAGCAGUCGAAGAAGUUACGCUUGCAUCAAGAUGACCCGUUAUCUGAUGGUGAAGAUGAAGGGCCGAAGAAGAUACGUUCCUACAUCAAACCAAGUAAAAACAUUGAUACAUACGCAAGGCGUAUACAACCCAAGUUUGAGAAGUUGAUGAAAAGUCAUGGACUCAACCGUACGAAACUUCCGCAUAACUCCUCUAUGAGACCACCUCCAAUGCGGAAGGAAAGGCGCGACCUGAACCGUAGUCCGAAACAGAUCCAUAGAGGUCCUGCGCCUGUUGCUAGGUCAUUUUCGGCUCCAUCUUCUUCCAAGGACGUGCGCCAUGUGGAUCAGGCUAGAUCUUCCGAUACCCGCAUCAUCCAUGAAGGAAAGUCUUCGCAAUUCAUGAAAAUCAAGUCCAAGGAUGCGCAACAGUCCAAGAACAUGGAAGGAAAGAAGUGCGAGAAAAUAAGACCACCGCCACCGCGUCCACCAUUACCUGAGAAGCGCACGCAGACCUCAUCAGCGAUUAGCUUUACCGACUUUGGCGUUCAGUGCGACUUGACAGAGAUAUGUCCUCCUGCAAAAAAGUCUCGAGAAGAUGAACUGGAGUCAUCCGCUAUUGUUACAACUCCUGCAGCGAAUUCUGCAAAUCCUCUAAUCGUUUCUUCUUUGGCAAAUGAAGGCUCAAACGUUUCUCUCCCGCCAAAUGAAGGAUUUAGCGUUUCUACUCCGGCAAGUGAAGUCGGGACUGUUGCGGCUCCGACUGAUGUAAAGUGGAAUGAACAUCUGAACUUGGCCUAUCUUUUCAAACGUGGAUCGAAGAUCUUCACAAUAGAUACAUUGCCAGCCACGGAGAAUUGGUAUAAGGAUAUAUUUUACGACAAUGCAGCAGAUGAUAGGAACAUUGAACGAGCCAGUCCAAUUGAGAAAGUUGGCCAAAGCUCCCCUGUAAACAGCAUCACCCCUAAAACUUGUUUUGGAGGGGAAGAUCGUCGUACAUCUACCCCCGCACAGAUAGCCGCAAGGGAUGGAGGACGUUCAACAGUACUCUCUGAAGCUGACGCAGGGCAUCGACAAGAUUUCGAAAAGAAGCGUGCUCGUGAAGAGAUUCCGUCAACGCCUCACUUGAAGUCUUGCUUGAUGUUGUCAAAGAAAACUGUAAAAAGGAGGAUUAGCUUUUCGGAUGAUCUCGUCUCUGUUCGUCAUUUCGAAGUGGAUGCUCAUUGGGAAGAGCAAGUUGUCCCGCCUACUGUCCCGCCUGCCAUAGCCGCUGAACAUUGCCAGAUGCACUCGGAAAGAACCAGAAUCAAUUCCGAGACUGGCUCAUCGCAUGAUCGAUCCACUGUUGGAGGGAACGACCCGGUGAGAGAUCAGGCGCUUGCUCAACAGCAACAACCAUCACAUCUGCCUGUGGUGAAGCAAGAGCCUAUCGAUGAAGAUGAUGACAUUGUGGUGUUGUUCAGUGGAAAAACAGAGUACAUCGAGAAACUUCGACGUGAACACAUUUUGUAUUGAAUACACUCAGCCCAGGAUCUCGUUUUUCACUUACUUGUGUUGUAUUCACUGCUUUCGAUUUAUGUCGUUUCCCAUAAAUUUGCCGUCAUGCCGAUCUAACUCACUUGAUUCAAAGUGAGGAAAACCGGUGCUUAUCCUACUUAUCUUGAGUAUUGAUGAAUUCUUACAUUGUAUGUUAUUGCAUGAAAGUUGUAUUGAAUGUCUGCCAUAUAACUCCCAAGUAAAGGAUUU